AUGGAUGGCAAAUACGCCGUGCCGGCCUUCCUCGAUGUUAAAUCGAGGGAUGGCAAUCUCAACCUGGUGCUGUGCGUGGUGAGUUCCGCAGUUGCCGGCAUUGGAAUUGGCUUAUUUGGCUGCCUGCUUUCUGCAGCUGAUCACAUCAGGCGGCGUAAUGGUGGACUGCACACCGUGCGCAGUCGCUUUUUCUCCUGGAUUGGUAUGAUUGGCUCCGUGGUCUUUGGCUUGGCUUCGCUCGUCGGUCUGGUUUUCGGCUCGGUCAGCUUAGCCACGGUUGUGCGAGCUGGAUCGACGCUGCCGGCAAAUGCCAUCUUCAGUCAAAUGUUUGGUUUGCGGCCGCUGGUACGGGAUGAUGUGCUGGGCACUUUGGUAACCAUCUCAGGCAUUAUCAGCUUCACCAUCUUCCAAGGGUGGUCUGAGUACCAGCACGACCAAAGCGAGUUUCUGGCUCGGAUGUUUGCUCCAGGGUCUAUUGUCUGGAUGAGCAUCUUGUUCAUUCUGCAAGCCUUGUCGAGCUGCUGGCUGUAUUUUCACAGGAGUGCGAAGCGAGACAGCCGGGAGUAUGCGGCGGCGGCUCGGUGCCGCGCUGUGGCGGCCACAUUGAUCUGCUCGUGUUCGUCAGCCUUCAUGGACUUGGCAGCCAAGGGUUGGUCAUCCUCUUCCAAGGUCUCAGCAGACGGCGGUGGGGUGAGCUUUGGUCUAGCAUCGCCCACCUUCUGGACAGCGCUGUCUUUGAAUGUCGUUUUCCUGAUUCUUAUGAGAUGGUCAACUAUCUAUGGUUGCCGACGAUGUGACGUGCUGAUUUUCGUUCCCCUGAACACAACAGCCAACAUCAUCCUCAGCGUGGCCUCCGGCAUGAUCUGCCUUUCAGAGUACAAGUCCGUGAAAUCUUGGCCGGGUCUUUGCACUGCUGGGCUGUCCAUGCUGUGUGGAAUCUUCAUGCUCGUCACCGGGCCGGCUGAGACCAUGGCUGGCGCUGGGAUGUCCUGCAACAGCUGGAUCGAGUCCCCAGAUCCGACGAAGAGUCAGUCCAGGCCCGAGACUCAAACGCGGCGGACGUUGAGCCCCGUUGAUCUUUCGCCAGCGACCUCCCCGGCGAGCUCUCACGACAGAGUGAUCCCCCGGGAGAGAUCAGUCCUGGAACAGUCAGAGGAGGACUUGCAUUCCAAGUCCUCUGCGCUGGGCUUCGUCUAUCUAAAUCGCAUCCACCGAAGAGCUGCGCGUGCACGAAGUGAGAUCGAAGGCUGCUUGGCCGAGAACCUUUCCGACCGCCGCGACACGGCAGGCAAUGGGCUGCUCAUCGGUUUCGCUGUGGAUGUGGGCCAGCUUCUGGGCUUUACCGGGUCUCGAGGCAGCGUGGGAAGUCGCCAGCCCUCGGUCGGGCGUGCCGCUGAAUACAAGCAAGUAGCUGUGGCGGGAGCCACGGGCCGGCUCGGGCGCUUCGUCGUGUCGGAGUUGCUGGCCAAGGAAGAUGAGCUCCAAGUCAUCGCGCUGACUCGCAAUGUGUCUCGAGCAGAAGAGUUUCUGCCUGUAGAGAAUGACAGGUUGAAGGUUCUCACCUGGGACCCUGCAGCUGACCAGGCUGCAGCUGAAGAAGUUGUAGCUGAUGCUGAUGUGGCGCUCUGGUGCGCUGAGGGUCGCAAGGGCAUUGUCGCGCUGGGCAAUGCAUUCAAAGCGAAGGGGCAGAGACCGAGCGGCUCCGCCCGCGUGAUCAUGUGCUCCUCAGCUGCAAUCACGCGGCCCACGUGGUCUGCCAAACAGAAAUCCCAGAUGUCCGGAGCAGCCGACAUCCCGAUUGUUCGGUUGAAUCCAGGUGGGCUUCUGGACGAGAAGCGAGCGGCCGAGCAGGCCUUGCGCGACACGGGGGCUUCCUAUGCGGUAGCACGACCGACAGGCCUGAAAGACGACUGGCCAGCGGGGCGUCCGGUGGUCUCUCAGGGAGAUGUGGCUGUGGGCCGAACCUCGCGACAAGACUUGGCCUCCAUGCUGGUGCAGCUGCUUGACGAGCCAGAUGCGACAGGGAAGACUUUCGAGGUGUUGACGGUGCCGGGCUACCCGAAGCCUCGCGAGGGCUAUGGACAGGCACUGGAAAGACUCGAGCCUGACACAGCUGCGGAUCUCUUCGAUUGCUUCGACAAGGAUACGUCCGGAGCUCUCUCCGUGCAGGGCCUCUCACACAUCGCAGAUUCCGACAGCAGGGAACUGCACGAGCUCCUGGUGGCCGCUGACAUCAAUGCCGAUGGCGUCAUUACGAGGACGGAAUGGGACCAACACGUCAGCUCCUGGUUCGAAGGCCACGAAGGCCGUGGGGUCCAAGCCAUCCUGGAUGCAGCCAGCGGCAUCACCGAGGAGGUGCUGCAGACCAAGCGCAAGAAGGUCCGAUCGAAGCGGCAGAUUGCUGCGGUGUGGGAUGGCGCCAGGUCGGACGGGGAAGAUGAGAUCGGCUGGUUCGGCCUGCCGGCUGUUGCAUCGCAGGACCUUUCGUUCAAGGCCGAGAACCGUGCCGUUCCAAUCGGCCAGAAACUGGAGGUGAUGGUUGGGGGAAGCUGCUUCUUGUGCGAGGUGGCUGCAUACGACGAGGAGCUUCAUGGGGUUAUAUAUAUAUAUAUAGAGCUAAACCAUUGGAGAGCUUCUUGGCUGAAUUCUGCCAGGAGAGGAUUGCGAUUCAUGUUAUUCAUGUAUUUCAAUCGGAAGCUUGGGAAGCUCAACAUGUCCACCUCCAGCAUAGUUUUGGCUUUGGAAUUACAGAGCACUUUCAAGAUGGGACCCAAAACCAAAAUAAGCCUCACGCCGUGA